UAAGUACUUUUAUGCUUUUAUGUUUUGUAUAUAAUACGUGUGGGCAUGUUAAGUAAAUUGCUUUUAAAAUAGUUUUCUUCUUUCAAAGGUUAAUUAUGGAGCUACCAGCUAUACGUUAAGUGAUAAACUUCGCUAUCCAUCAUUUAUUAGAACAAUCCCUAGCAAUAAAGACUUGAUACAGAUGAUUAUUCGCAUCAUACAGUGGUUUGGAUGGAACUGGGUUGCUUUUCUUCGAGACCCAGACAAUUACAGUGAAGAUGGCCUACAGCUGUUUAACAGUUAUAUCAAAAAUACUGGCAUUUGUUUGGCCUUUCAUGAGGUUCUGAGUCAAAGUUCAAACUACAGUCUAACUUUUCAAAAGAUUAAUAGGCUCAACAUCAAUGUCAUUGUGGUUUUCACUGGGUCACAAUAUGCAAAGAACAUAAUCAAAGAAGCGAUAGCAAACAAUAUCCGAAACAAAGUCUGGAUUGCAAGUGAAACAUGGUCUAUGAAUCAACAGCUUCCAAAAGAGCCGGGACUUGAGAAAAUUGGAACAAUAGUUGGCAUUACAGAGAGAAUUUUGUCAUUGCCUGGAUUUCAUGAAUUCAUCUAUAAAGCCAAAGGAACAACUGAGAUUUAUACUAAUGAUAACGCUGAGAGUGAAAUCCAGAUGAAGACAUGUAAUCAAUAUUGUGACAACUGCUCAAUGUUGACCGCAAAAGAUAUUAUAAAUGAAGAUCCCACAUUCUCCUUUGCUAUCUACUCUGCCAUAUAUACCAUAGCUCAUGCAUUACAUAAAGUUCUUCGGUGUGACAUCAAUGAAUGCAGAACAAACAUCACCGUUAAACCAUAUAUGCUUCUGGGAGAAAUGAAGCAGUUGGAUUUUCCUCUCAGUGGCCGUCAGGUGAAAUACGAUGUUAAUGGUGAUCCAGCUGCAGUCAGUUAUGCAGUCGUGCUGUGGCACACUGAAACAAAUCCUCCAUGGAUUCAGAUGGUGGGCACCUAUGAGACACAUCCAGAAAUUACUUUUACUAUCAACAACUCUCUCAUGCCCUGGCGUAACAAUACUGCUGUUCCUUUCUCAAACUGCUCUGUUGAGUGUAAAGAGGGAUUUUCAAGAGAACGUGUGGGAUAUCAUGACUGCUGCUUUCUGUGUAAAAAAUGCCCACAAAACAACUAUGUGAAUUAUUCUCAGGCCACAAAACAACUGAUCUUGGUGGAGCUGACAGUGCCCUGGGAGGAGAGGAUGGAGGAGGCUCAAGAGAGAAAGAGGGAGAAAUACCAAGAACUGGUGGAGGAUUGUUGGAGGAACGGAUGGAGGACAGAGGUGGGCAGCAGGGAAUUUGCUAGUCACUCCCUGAGCAACGCCUAUGGCACGCUGGGCAUAACAGGUGCUAACCGAAGAAGAGAAAUAGGUAACAACGUGGAGGCAGCAGAGAAAGCAUCCAGAUGGCUCUGGUUGAAGAGCGGAGAGCAGUGGGGGCAGUAG